AUGCUGGCGGAAUUUGAUGAAACAUGUAAGAAGUUCGGUCUUCGGCUGAGCCUGGACAAGACUAUGUUUGUGAGAAACGGAUGUGUUUCUGAUGCCUCAUUCACGCUCAACGGAACGAAUAUAUCCGAAUGCUCCAGCUAUGUAUAUCUCAGUCGGGAAAUCAACAUGAUGAACGACGUGACCUCAGAGCUGGGAAGAAGGAAACGAGCGGCUUGGGGAGCAUUCAAGAGCAUUGAGAAUGUAGUGAAGAGGACCAAGAACAUCCGACUCCGUGCUCACCAAAAACACAACCGUUCUUCCUGCUUUGACCUACGCUUCAGAAAUGUGGGCGUUUCGCAAGCAGAGGAAAAUGCGAUCAGCGUCACGGAACGCGGAAUUGAGAGGGUAACGCUAGGAGUAACCCACUUUACGCAAGUGAAGGAAGGGAUACGAAGUUCGCCUUUACGUCACUGA